CCCUUUUAUCAGCCAUCUGAAAUUCCCAAAUUUUCGCUAAGCUAGAGAUCGACUAAAUACCGUAUCGCCAUUCCGAAGAGAUAAUCGAGCGUUUGAAGAUGUUGAGAGUCGCGACGAGGAGGCUUUUGUCUCUGUCCUCAUCAUCCUCGCCGUCUUCUUGGAGACCAAUUGCGCCGUCACGGAAUCUAAUCAAUGGUGCUGAUUCCUCCUCCUCCUCCUCAUCUGAUGAUUUCAGAUCCACCGGCUUCUCCAGCUCCCCGUUUUUUGUACCUCAGUUCCAUCUUCCUUGCCGAGGUUUUGCUUCUGAGGCGCUCACCCCAAGGGAUGAGAACGCUGUAGUGCCUGGUAUACCAGCAACAGUGGCAGCUGUUAAGAACCCCACUUCUAAGAUAGUCUAUGAUGAAUACAACCAUGAGCGUUUUCCCCCUGGUGAUCCUAACAAGCGAGCUUUUGCUUAUUUUGUAUUGACUGGUGGUAGAUUUGUGUAUGCAUCACUGCUCCGUCUCCUCAUUCUUAAGCUUGUCCUUAGCAUGUCUGCCAGUAAGGAUGUUCUUGCGCUGGCCUCUAUUGAGGUUGAUCUCUCUAGCAUUGAGCCUGGCACUACUGUGACUGUUAAAUGGCGGGGAAAGCCAGUUUUCAUCAGGCGUCGUACUGAGGAAGAUAUCAAACUUGCAAACAGCGUUGAUGUUGGAUCUCUUCGUGAUCCUCAGCAAGAUGCAGAGAGGGUUAAGAAUCCAGAAUGGCUGAUUGUCAUCGGUGUAUGCACACAUCUGGGUUGCAUUCCCUUGCCAAAUGCCGGGGAUUUUGGUGGAUGGUUUUGCCCUUGCCAUGGUUCCCAUUAUGAUAUAUCUGGCAGGAUUCGCAAGGGGCCAGCACCUUACAACCUGGAAGUACCCACUUACUCCUUCUUGGAUGAGAACAAGUUGCUGAUUGGUUGAGAAGUGUGGUUUUUUACUCUAGUGAACCAUGUUUAUUUGGGAUCUCAAUUUUUUUUAAUUUUAUCAGAUAAUGCCGAAGAUUGAACACGGGUAAUCAUGUUUUACCACUCUUAUUUGAGGUGGGGAUACUAUAAUUCUGAAUAAGUUGCCUGGUUUUUGAUACAAUGUUAUUGAACUUGUACUUUAUUUGUUCGA